AUGAUUUCCACGUGAAACAUUGGCAGGCUAUUUGCGCAUGCGGUUYCGAAACAAUCUUUUCCCGAUUUCAUUUUCGAUCGAACUUUCGUAAUAAGAUUCUUACUCGAAGGUUUAAACACUAGUAAGUCUCUGAUGUACUAGGAGCUUAGGCAUAAGAGAUGAAGCUGACUUUCUUCGUAUUUUGCAUUGCGGUUGGCUGUGCUCAAGGGACAAAGCCCUUGGGCGAGUUUGUAUACGUGUCCAAAACUCGAGGGCAAGCAAACAAUGAUUCGUGUGGUACCAAAUCACUACCAUGUAAGUCUCUACAAGUCGGUAUCGACAAGCUUCCAAGGGGUGGUAAGCUGUUCGUUGAUGGUGAAAACGCUAAAGUGGAUCCCUACAAAUGUGAAUCAUCUGCAGGAAAACUCGUGGUUGACAAGAAUAUAUCGAUUCAGAGCUAUACAGCGCCCGCUCAUAUUUACUGCUUGAAUGGUAUCUUUCUUUUGGCAGAUGGCCCUACUGGGAUGAACAUUAGUAUGAUUGGUGUGCAGCUCAAGAACACAGUGCUGCAUAUGAAAAACGUAAACGCGACGAUUCAAAACUGCAUAUUCCUGGAAUCGUCACCAGCUAUUGAUGUCAGGAACUCCCAAGGUCUUCCACUGUAUUCACUGAAUAUCAUGGACAGCAUGUUCAUAAGAAACCAUAGAUGCAUAGACUUGAUGCAAACAGAUUCCAACCACAAGAUAGGAUGCAGUCGAUUAAUCCUAAAGUUAAGGAAUGUCCUUUUCCAAGAGAACACUGCUUUGAGAGAUGACGCGAAGGGCGGGUUGGUGUUUGUAAACCACAAGAAUUGCCUUUGUAAAGAUGUGUCGUUCUUGUCGACAUGGGACAACAUAACAACAACGACCAAUCGAGGAAAAAUUACGAAACACGAAGACAACGGUCAGAGAAUCCGAAAAAGGGUGCAAACUGUGAUAAAGGAAAAUCCAAAGAAACCAUUAAAUGGAAAGAGCACUAAAUGUGACCCGAUAUUGGACAGCCUCGUCGUGGUCUACACAUGCAGUGCUAAAAUCACCUUAAAUCAAGUAACAAGUGAUUAUAAUAGCGAUAUGAGAUUCCUGGGACUACGAAGUUGCCAUAGUGACGUGCGAAUUUACAGUUGUGAUUUCCAUAGACACAUAAUUGAUAGCCCAGGAGGUGUUAUCUACAUCCCGGUAGGGUAUUCCACAUCCGUUGUCAUUAAAAAUAGUGACUUUUCUAGAAAUUCUGGUUCCAUCGGAGGCGUACUACAGAUUGACGGUGGAUCCAAAAAGACAGCCAUACUGAAUUUAUUCAAUGUCAGCUUUCUUUACUGUUCUGGCAAAACUACUGGCUGUGCUGUGUCUAUCGGUAGCGUCGAAAAAAGAGGUGUCGACAAGGUAUUUGCGACUCUUGAUGGCGUCCUAUUCAAUCGAUGUCACAACAAGAUUAAGAGGGGAAAGGGAAGAAAUAAUCAUGGUCCUCUAUGCUUAAGAGCAACAAUGGUGACUUCCGUGAACAUACACAACUCCACCUUCUUCCGAAACAAAAAUAAAAAAACUGCAGCGGUAAACAUUAAGCACAGUCCGACAACAAACAGGGGCUCCGUAGUCAAAGUUCAGAUCCUGAGGACAAUAUUUUAUCAAAACGCUU